GCAUGGGAUCGAUCCGACUGUGUCGACGUCGAUUGCCGUAACCGUAACGUAAGAAACUCACAAAGUAAACAAAAGUCGUUUGCCCUCUCCAGCUCGUCAUCAUCGCAUCUCCGAGAACGCUCCCUUGACUCGACUUUGACGUAUUCAUCGAGCGUAGUAUUGCGCUCCACAUAUUCUCCGAUAUAUAAUAUAGAUCUAUAGAUUUACCUCUCGUCCCGGAAAACGGUCAUACAACUUGCUACGAUGCUUCGCUUCAACGCUUUCCGAGCGGCACCGCUCCUGCGAUGUAACGCUCGCUGCAAAUCCACUUCAACGACUGCUGGCGGCUUCCCUGAGAAACUAGCAUUCGCAUUCGACAUCGAUGGGGUGUUGAAGCAAGGUCCGAACGUUCUGCCUCAAGCAAGAAGGGCUCUUGAUAUGCUCGCGGGAAACAACCCCUGGAAUAGAGCGAUUCCAUAUGUACUCAUCACCAACGGAGGUGGAGUUCCGGAUGAAGAUAGACGCAAGGCUCUCUCCAGCGAAUUGGGACACGAGCUCUCGGCAGAUCAGCUCGUACAGUCACACACCCCCUUGAAGCUGUUGGUCAAACCGUAUGCCGACAAGCACGUCUUGUGUCUCGGAGGGAAGGGAGACGCGAUCCGCAGAACUGCACUGUCAUAUGGUCUGAAGAAUGUCUGGAUCGCUCAGGAUGUCGUCGCAUGGAAGCAGUCCGUCUGGCCCAAGACCGACUUGACCCCGGAAGACAAGAAGAUCGUUGUCUCCAACGACUUUUCCCAGACCCCGAUUUCUGCUAUCUUUGUCAUGCACGACAGCCGAGAUUGGGGCAGGGACGUCACCUUGAUCUGCGAGCUGUUAUCCUCGGAAAACGGCGUUUUCGGAACUCGAAGGCAGGAAAAGAAGGAGAUGGAUAGUGAUGACAAGAACCGCAGUUCGGUUGGAUCUGAGGGGGAGGAGCAUAUGCCGCUUGUGUUUUCGAACCCUGAUUUGGAAUGGCAGUCGGACUAUCCCCUUCCAAGGCUCGGACAAGGAGCUUUCCGGAUGUCGGUGGAGACUAUCUACAAGGCUACGACCGGACGGGAUCUGCCUUUCGUUCAAUACGGAAAGCCUCACAAGGCAACCUACGACUUUGCCGAGUCUAUGUUGAGGCGGCAUCUAAAGACGCUCGGACGGCCGAAUGAGCAUGAACGGCUCGAUGUCUAUAUGAUAGGAGAUAACCCCGAAUCCGAUAUCGCUGGAGCAAACGCACACGGCUGGAAUUCCGUCCUGCUGAAGACUGGUGUCUAUCGUACCGGAGAACCGCGUCAUAAGCCGACGAGUAUAGCGGACGAUGUCGAAGUAGCGGUCAGAUGGGCAGUAGAACGAGCAGCUCGAGGUUGAUCAGCUCGAAAUACGACUCGGUAUGCCUUCGAUGUCUCAGGCAAUCAGGAGCGGAAUCUUUUGGCAUUGUUCAGAAGCCAUUGACACGUUUUCGAGGAACGAUUAGGCCCGAGGCACAAGCCAUAUCACCGCCCCCGGCGCGUCCAGACGCGUUGACCUCGAUCUGCAAGAGGAAGAUCGGAUUCUAUCGCGGAAGGUAUAUCAAGACGUCAGCCAUUGUGUCGCACUGCCCUGUCGAUCGUCGGGAUUGUACUUCUGGCAAAACAU